CGGGGGCAGGACCUGCAUUCGAGGCAGUGAUGGAGGGGAAAUAUGACCGGAGGUGUCCCGGCCAAAGUUGAGCAGUCCGUCAGUCCGAGUCAGUGGCGGCGUCGUGACACCCGGCGAACAUGUCGAUGCACUUGUACCACAUGAGCAGUCAGUUCCUGGAGGACACCGUCGGGAAGAUGGACCUCAGCUUGGUGGUGCUGGCGGCCUCCGCGGUCACGCUCUUCCUGGGCUACAUGACCAAGUUACUGCUCCAGCCGCCUCCCGAUAAAGACCUGAAAUACCCGCCGCACAUCCCGUCCCGCCUCCCGUUCCUGGGCCACGCGAUUGCAUUUGGCAGGAGCCCCAUCGAGUUUCUGGAAGACGCGUAUGACAAAUACGGUCCAGUGUUCAGCUUCACCAUGGUGGGGAAAACCUUCACGUACCUGCUGGGCAGCGACGCCGCCACUCUGCUCUUCAACAGUAAGAACGAGGACCUCAACGCAGAGGACGUCUACUCCAAACUCACCACUCCAGUCUUUGGCAAAGGAGUUGCUUACGAUGUGGCUCAUCCUAUUUUUCUUGAGCAGAAGAAGAUGCUCAAGACCGGACUGAACAUCGCGCAAUUUAGGGAACAUGUGAAGAUCAUCGAGGCUGAGACCAUCGAGUAUUUUCAGAGAUGGGGGGAUAGUGGGGAGAGAGACCUGUUUGAAUCCAUGUCCGAGCUGAUCAUCCUGACGGCCAGCAGCUGCCUCCACGGCAAAGAGAUCCGCAGCAUGUUGGACGAGGGCGUGGCUCAGCUGUACGCAGACCUGGAUGGAGGAUUCUCCCACGCGGCUUGGCUCCUGCCGCCCUGGGUCCCUCUGCCCAGCUUCAGGAAGAGAGACAAAGCUCACAAAAAGCUGAAGAACAUCUUCUAUCAGGUGAUAGAGAAGCGCAGGAAGUCCAGUGAGAAGACGGACGACAUGCUGCAGACGCUCAUCGACGUCACCUACAAGGACGGGCGCCCGCUGGAUGACGACGAAAUCGCCGGGAUGUUGAUUGGACUGCUGCUUGCAGGUCAGCACACGUCGUCCACCACCAGCGCCUGGAUGGGCUUCUUCAUGGCCCGAGACAAGGCUCUGCAGGACCGCUGCUACGCUGAGCAGCGGGCGGUGUGUGGAGAACACCUGCCGCCUCUGGACUUUGAUCAGCUGAAAGAUCUGAGCCUGCUGGACCGAUGUCUGAAGGAGACGCUGCGGCUCCGCCCCCCUAUCAUGACCAUGAUGAGGAUGGCUCGAUCCACGCAGACCGCCUCCGGCUACACCAUACCAGUAGGUCACCAGGUCUGUGUGUCCCCAACUGUCAAUCACCGCCUGCACGACACCUGGGACAAGAACCUGGAGUUUGACCCUGAACGCUACCUCAGUGAGAAUGUGGCCUCCGGGAAGAAGUUCGCCUUUGUGCCGUUUGGAGCCGGGCGACAUCGCUGCAUCGGGGAGAACUUUGCCUACGUACAGAUAAAAACCAUCUGGUCCACGUUACUGCGCCUGUACGACUUUGAUCUGGUGGAUGGAUAUUUCCCCACAAUCAACUACACAACUAUGAUCCACACGCCACACAACGCCAUCAUCAGAUACAAGAGGAGGAAACCAUGAAGACAACCACGAGAGACUUGACUGUGACACUCACUCGUCGGAAUGUUUUUUUUUUUAAAGGAUGAUCUUUAACCAGUUUGUCCUGGAAAUGACACGACACUGAAAAGCCUUAAAUAUAUUUGAACCCUGAACCUCUGAUCUGUGUGACCUAUACACAGCCCCUUUGUGUCUUUGCUUCACUCUGUUUCAUGAUGUGGUCAGACUGGUUGAAAAACAUCAAGAUUAGUGAUGAAUUCUUGGCCUAUUUUUCACAUUAAAAAAAUUGAAAUGCGAAAAAGCAAUCAGUCAAAUGCCAGAAAAUAAGAACAAACUUACUAAUAAAUGUUCAGACUUCUUUUUCAGACACACAUGACUGCACAUACACAGAGGUGUUGUCUUUUUAACACACUCAGAUCUGCUCACCCUAAUCACUCUUAACGUCUCCCGGAUUUCCCAUGUGACGCUUGGUGGAAAUAGGUGAGAGCAAAAGGCCGGUAGAUUAGUGACCCUUCACGAAUGCUUGGUGUGUAUCAUGUGCAAAUACACACUUUUGUGACGACAGUAAUGCUAGAUGAACACAGAGCCACUGCAGUUGAGUUCAUUCCCGUGUUUGUGUAUCCAAACGUGAAUUCACAUCGAGACACAGACAACUCAACAUAGUAGAAAGAAGAAACCUUUGUCUUCAGCUCUUUAUUAUUCAUGCAGCGUCGGAGCCCUUCAGGAAGUGACAUCAUUGGGAAUAUUCAGGUACAUUCAGUGACACCAGGACGCUUAGUCCUCAUGCAGACUUUGUCAGUCACUCAAGCUUCAGAAA